UUUCCGGUAAGCGGCCUGAGGUGACUCCUAAAAAUGGUGCGCUAUUCACUUGACCCAGCAAACCCCACAAAAUCAUGCAAAUCAAGAGGUUCAAAUCUUCGUGUACACUUUAAGAACACUCGUGAAACCACCCAGGCCAUAAAGGGUAUGCAUAUCCGAAAAGCCACCAAGUAUCUGAAGGACGUCACGUUAAAGAAGCAGUGUGUGCCAUUCCGCCGCUACAACGGUGGAGUUGGCAGGUGUGCACAGGCCAAACAGCGGGGCUGGACUCAGGGUCGAUGGCCCAAAAAGAGUGCUGAAUUUUUACUACACAUGCUCAAAAAUGCAGAGAGUAAUGCUGAACUUAAGGCCUUAGAUGUAGAUUCUCUGGUCAUUGAGCACAUCCAAGUGAACAAAGCCCCCAAGAUGCGACGCAGGACUUACGGAGCUCACGGUCGGACCCACCCCUACAUGAGCUCUCCCUGCCGCAUUGAGAUGAUCCUUACUGAAAAAGAACAGAUUGCUCCUAAACCAGGAGAGGAGGCUGCACAGAAGAAAAAGAUAUCCCAGAAGAAACUGAAGAAACAAAAACUUAUGGCCCGGGAAUAAAUGCCACAAAAAAUAAACGCAAAUAAAAGUAAAAUUGUUGGUUGUCU